AUGGCAGAGCGACGGGACGCGGGCGUCGCCUUUGCCAUCCGGAACGACGCCGUGGGACGACUGCCCUGUCUGCCGCAGGGCAUCAACGAUCGCUUGAUGAGCCUCUGCCUGCCUCUCCAGGAAGGUCAAUUCGCCGCCAUUGUGAGCGUCUAUGCUCCCCGGAUGACCAGCCCCGAUGCUGCAAGAAACGAACUGGUUAGAGGACGUCUUGAUCGGCCGAUCGCAGCCUGUGUGCACUGGCAAUGCGAUAUCGAUGCCAGUACCAGUUGUUAG